AUGUCUGAAACAGCAGCAGCAGCUAAGAUCAAGCGCUCAUUGUGCAAAAAAUGCCAGUCAAUCAUCUAUAAAAAAGUCCAGGUUGAUCUUUCCAAACUAAAUCCUGUGAGCGCUGAUAUCUUCACCCAAAGUGGCAAGGACCGUGCUUCGUUUCAAGGUAAAGUGAAGACACGAAGUUGUGGGAUCUAUUUUGAGUCGAGAAAGCCUGAGGAACGUAGUGGCCAUCGAAUGCUUUGUGAUAGAGAUUAUCUUUAUGUAGUUGGAGGAUUUUCUAAUUCACCAACUGCUCACUUGUUCGAGUCGGAGAGUGUUCUUCAAAGUCUUCUGUUAAAAGAAAUUUGGCGAUUUAAUCUCCUUUGUGACAAGUGGGAAAAAGUUGAUAUGAAUUAUGACGACUUUCCUCGCGAGAUGGCCUCUUUUGCAUGUGAAUUAUUCUUGUCUUCUCUAUGCUCAGAUACACCUUCUGGGUCAAACUUUACUCGCGCUUACAUGUUUGGCGGUACUUCAUUUCCAUUUGGAGAUCAACCUUCAGAUAGAGUACAAAUACUGCGUCGCGUCCCUGACCGAUCAUUUCAUUGGCAACAGUUAAACACAACUGGUCAUACUCCUAUACGGCAGUACGGAUCGAGCAUCGUUUUUCACAGAGGAGUAUUAUAUUUAAUCGGUGGUACGACAGGUCAUAUAUAUAAUAGUGAAAUUCGGAGUCUUUCGAGGAGUUGCCAGAGAACAUCUUCUGAAGUCUGGGAAUGGAAACUUUUGGCGGAUGGGGCAGGUCUGAUAGGUCGCUAUCGUCAUGAAACUGUUGUGGUCGAUGAUGAUAUUCUUAUAAUUGGAGGUGGAAAUACUCAGUGGGUAGCUGACUUGGAUAAAAUACCUGCGUUUGAUACGCGAACGAACAGACUGAAGACCUAUUUUACUUACCCAGAUUCUGAACAUGGUUACCCCAUGGGUAGGAUGUGCCAUGCUUGCGUGCAGUACAAUGGGAAAAUUUAUAUCUUGGGUGGAUGUAGCGCCGUUGACAUGGAAACUGAAUCUGCAUCGUUGUUUGACGAUGUAUGGGAGUUAAACACUUCAAGUUGGAAAUGGAAGAAAUUACCCACGAGUUUAACAUUAAAAAUGUGCUUUCAUGGUGCAACGGAUGGUUGCAUAUAUAUUUUUGGAGGAGCUUUAGACGGUAAAUUUAGGACUAGAUGCAAUUUGCUGCAACGUAUGUGGCUUCAGCCUCCUUCCUUGCAGUAUUUUGCUCAACGAGCAGUUUUGGCUUCUCUGCCUCGGCUUUUUGAAAAAAUAUUGGAUAGCUUAACGUUGUCUGAUCCUCAAAAACUGUUUAAGAUCGCUUAUGGAUAUCAAAAUGAUAAGGAACGCGAGUUUGGUUCUUUCUUUAAUAAUCAAUUAUUGUUCCGUAUUCAUUCUGCAAACCCUGGUUCAGUUCAAGAAGCACGUUGCAGAGGCUUUUCGUUUCCGUCUCCGGAGCCUCAUUUUGCUCUUUUUGGACCAACUGAUGAUUGUGUUGAGUUGAUUGGAGUGAAUUCGUUUUCGUACAAAGUGUUCAGAUGUUCUGCAGACAGAAUCCCAGCUUCUGUUGUGCCAUAUGGUGCUGAGUAA